AUGGAUACCCCCAGCAAGGACCUUCUCAGUUGUCCAGUUGAAAUCAUUCGAAAAAUAGGAAGCUAUCUACCUACGCCAGCUAAACUUCUUGACUAUGCCUGCAUGUGCAAGAGCGUGAGCUCCGCUCUCGACCUACAUGAUUUUGUAAAGAGCGAUACCCGGUGCCUUCAGACUCGUGAAACUGGGGAAGAUGGGUUCCUUUGGUCCCACCUAAAGGGAAUUUCUGAAUAUUAUCAGCAUGAGACGAGAUGCUUUGGAGGUCAUGAAUGCCUGGCUUCAUAUUUUAAACUGAAACCCAGGGGAUCACACGUACCAUCCAUCAACUGGGCAAUUGAGACUGGCGCAGAAAUCAGCAAGAUCAAGAAGAUCAUCAAUGUUUACUCGACUAUGUACCCGAGCGCGCUUAAAGGCCUAUGGUAUCCAAAGCAUUGCAGGGUAGACAAGAAUGAAGGCCGGGGAGAUGUAAUCCUCGCGGAUUUCCCUGCGCCCAUUGUCCUAGCUGCCAAAUCAGGGCGAGUUGAUGUUUUACAGGCGCUCAUCGAAUCCGGUAUUGAACUCAGGGACUGGAGUAAAAUGAGAUUCGUUGAGUUCAGUUUGCGCAAGAGCAUGUAUCAUCCUAUCGUAAGUAUCGAUGAAGAGCGAUUACCGAAUAAUCAAGCAGGUUUGAACAUAUUUGCUCUUGCUUGUCGAGCCGAUGAAAAAGCAGCACUGUUCAUGAUUAAUAACGUCCUUAUUAAUCCGACCCUUGCGGAUUUAUGGUGGCCCCUUAUAUAUGGACAUAUGGAGGUUCUUGAAACUCUUUUACAACACCCGGUUUUCAAGAGCGACAGGGGUCAGGAAGCUAUACAGUCUGCGCUUUCAGAAAUUGUUUACCAUUGCUUGGAAGUUCACCUCAAGGAUCUGAGGGUCAUCGAGCGCCUUCUUGAUAGUGUGCGUUUUCCAAUACCAUGGGUUUCAGCCGGAUUCGUUAAUAAAGAAGAAUGGCUUGAAAAGGCCAUGUGCAAGGUCUUGGAUCAUGAAGGAGAAGAGCAUCUAAUACAGAUGCGCAUGUAUUUGUUUAACCUUCUGAUGAAGUCCGGGAGCGAUUUGACCCUUCGCAUUCCCAUUUGCUCAGCAAGCUGUGAUCAACUACCUUUAAGAGACGCGCUACUAGAUGAGGCCUCGAGAUGGGCAUGUCCUCGUACUAUAGAGUUACUCAGUCAUAAUUUUCAGUUCUCCCCCUCCCACCUCAUAGAGGUUGUUUACCAACACGCAUAUUCUUAUAUCCCCUAUGAAAUUCUUUAUGAGGGCGAUCAGGAUAUUCGCAACACGCUCCGGAUAAUCGAUUUCAUUAUCGAAUCCGGUGUUUCGGUUAACUCGAGACAUCAAGGCCGGGGGCCACCGUUAAGCGGCGCGCUAUUAAAACGUUCGGGCAUGACGAGUACUAGCGACAAUCGACGAGGGCUGAAUUGCCUUGUGGCCCUUAGACUAAUGCACCACGGCGCUGACCCCAAAGAGGUCGCACACGACUCUGCUGAAGCAAGCCGUAAGAUCUUCUCUGAGAAGGUCUGGAGCGUAGAUUCGCCUCUAUACCUCGACCAGGUAUACGCCAUGGCAGUAUUGUUGAGCGGCAAGGACUUCCUCCAAAGUUCUCUAAGGGAAAUGGUGAAGAGUGAAGACGAGGGUCAUAAGCUGUUAAUGUGGGGAAUUGAUCACGAAAUUUGUGUCAGGUCAAAUGGAUUCCUGGGGUCUCCUAUGCCGGAUCUUUCAGGUAAUUCGUGGGACUCUGAGGACUCUGAGGAUAUGUGGUAUUAG